UGAAUAUACGUCAUUCUGACAGGCUAGCACUUUUGUACCUUUAAAACCGGGAGGCAUCUGAAUAUAGAAGUCAGUAUGGGUGAAUAUAUUUUCGCGUGAACAUAUACCACUGGGACACCAUGACUUGACUGAAGACGACUCCCCCCUUCCCACAAGUCGCCGGCUUGUUGCUUACUAUUUGGAGCUGAUUUUUUUUUACUUGUGUACUGGUAUUAUAUAUAGAUAACCAAUCAAAAUGUCCGUCUCUCGUCGUGGAGGAGAGGAGCUGUCCUUGUUUAGGAUCCCUCCCUACUACUACCUCCAUGUCCUCGACCAAAACCUUAAUGUUACCCGUUUGGAGAUCGGGCCCCAGACCUACAUCCGCCAGGACAAUGAAAGGGUGGUGUUUGGGCCGGAGAAGAUGAUCACAGUUCCCCCGAGGAACUACUGUCUGAUCGAGAACCCCCAUGUCCGCGACAAGGACAACAAGGUUGUACUGGACAACAGCGGCCAAGCCAAACUUCUCCACGCUGACCAGGAGAUUCGUCUUGCUCAGGACCCUUUCCCUCUCUACCCUGGUGAGGUCUUGAAACAGGUUGUGACACCCCUAAAAGUUGUGAAUGCUAACUCAGCUCUCCGUCUCCGAUCCAUUCUCGACUUUGAAGCUGAGGAUGACAUUAAGAGGACUGCUGGUGAUGAAUGGUUAUUUGAAGGACCCGGGACUUACAUCCCUCGCAAGGAGGUGGUGAUUGAUGAAACUGUUCGCGCCACUGUGAUCCGUCCUAACCAGGCAAUCCGUCUCCGGGCUCGUAAGGAGACGAUCGACCGUCAGGGAACACCCCGUGUCACUGGGGAGGAGUGGCUUGUUAAGAAGACGGGAGCCUACCUUCCCGGGGCCUAUGAGGAGGUGGUCGACAUCGUCAAUGCUUUCGUCCUCACAGACAAGAAAGCCCUUCACAUGAGGUCCCUGAGAACUUUCAAGGACGACUUUGGUGUUGUGAGGAAAAACGGAGAGGAAUGGUUGAUCACCAUGACCGAGACAGAAACUCACAUCCCCAAUGUUUACGAAGAGGUUGUGGGUGUGGUCUCCAUUACGACCUUGACCUCCCGUCAGUACUGUGUUCUUUUGGAUCCCUGUGAUGAUUCUGGAAGGCCACAGCUCGGCAGAAAGAGGCUGGUCAAGGGAGAGAAAUCUUUCUUCCUCCUGCCUGGCGAGAGUCUUGAGAGGGGUAUCCAAAACAUUUAUGUGCUUGGUGAAGAGGAAGGUCUCAUUCUCAAGGCUACUGAAACAUUCAAGGACGCAGACACAGGGGAAGACCGUCGUCCCGGUGACCGGUGGAUGAUCCGAGGACCUAAGGAGUAUGUACCACCCACAGAGGUGGAGGUCGUCCUCAAGAGACGGGCAAUCCCAUUGGACGAGAAUGAGGGUAUCUACGUCAGGGACAUCAAAAAUGGAAAGGUGCGUGCGGUUACUGCAGAGACUUACAUGCUGAGUCACGAUGAGGAAUUGUGGGAGAAAGCCCUUCCCCCAGCAGUUGAGACCCUCCUAGCCCAAGGGAAGGACCCUAUGGCUGAUCGGGGUGCGCGAGGACAGAGCACAGAUACCACAAAGGCUCGGGACAAGACGAGGGUCAUCACUUUCCGUGUACCACAUAAUGCUGCAGUGCAGAUAUACGAUUACAAAGAGAAGAAAGCUAGAGUUGUAUUUGGCCCUGAACUGGUCAUGCUUGGCCCUGACGAACAAUUCACCCAGCUCAGUCUGUCCGGUGGUAAACCAAAGAAACCCAAUUCUAUCAAAUCCCUUUGUCUGUUGCUUGGUCCCGACUUCAUGACCGACAUCAUUGUCGUGGAGACCGCCGAUCACGCACGACUCAGCCUCCAACUAUCUUACAACUGGCAUUUUGAUAUCAAAGACAAACUUGAUGAAAAGGAUGCUCACAAAAUCUUCAGUGUACCAGAUUUUGUUGGUGAUGCCUGCAAGGCGAUCGCAUCCCGGGUUAGAGGAGCUGUGGCUCAAGUCCAGUUUGAUGACUUCCACAAGAACUCCGCCAGGAUUAUCCGAUCCUCUGUGUUUGGUUUCGAUGCGAAGGACAAGGUGCGGGACCAGUUCGUGUUUGGUCAGAACUGUCUGGUGAUGACAAGCAUUGACAUUCAGUCUGUGGAGCCAGUCGACCAGAGGACACGUGAUGCCUUGCAAAAGUCAGUCCAGCUCGCCAUCGAAAUCACCACCAACUCACAGGAGGCUACAGCUAGACACGAGGCUGAGCGUCUUGAACAGGAAGCCAAGGGCCGUUUGGAACGACAGAAAAUCAGCGAUGAGGCAGAAGCUGAAAAGUCGCGUAAGGAACUUCUGGAACUGCAGGCCAACAGUGCGGCCGUGGAGAGUACCGGUCAGGCCAAGGCAGAGGCUCAGUCCCGGGCUGAGGCCUCGAGGAUCGAGGGAGAGGCUGCCGUUGAGCAGGCCAAACUCAAGUCCAUGGCUAUGAAGAUUGAAGCCGAGUCUGAGUUGGAGAGACUGACCAGUGCCCGGGAGGCUGAACUGAAAUACGUCCGUGAGCAGAAUGACAUGGAACUCACAAAAUCAAAGGAAAUGUCCAACAUCGAAACCGAUAAGUUCAAGAAGAUGGUGGAUGCUAUUGGAGCCAACACACUCCAGUCCAUUGCAGUGUCUGGACCGGAGAUGCAGGUCAAGAUGUUGACUGCGCUUGGGCUAAAGUCCACACUUAUCACAGAUGGUAGCAGUCCAAUCAAUCUAUUCAACACGGCCAACGGGUUAAUUGGAGGCCUAGUUCCAUCUAAGAGGCGUCAUGCUCCCGCGGACUCUGAUGAGGAUUAAAGGGUAGAUAAUUUGAAGAGUAAUUAAUCUCCCCUGAAACCUCUCGGUGAAGACUGUGUGACAGAGUAUGUGUAUAGAUAUCAUUUUAACUCUAUUUAACAUAAUUUAUACCGUUUGUUGAAGCCUGUUGUUCCUCUCAUAUUUUUGUGUUCUACAAUCAAAUGUGAGAGUUGUAUCAAAUAAUUGUGAUACAAGUUACUUUUCAAGAGUGUUUGUCGGAUCAAAGAUUAAUCAUGCUCCGGCAUUCAUUGGGACCAUGAAGACACUUGAAGCUAAAUGAGGUUUCGAGAUUAUGCUUGUUUAAUAUAUUUGGGAACAAGGAAUGGCUUGUAAUACCAGAAUAUAUCUACUUUUUAAAUCAUAUUCUGUUAUGUAUGAUUGCUAAGGACACAAACAACAGUCAUUCACUCAACUUAUGGGUUGUAGGAACUUCUCGAAAUUUCUUGUGCAUUUAAAAUUUACAUUUAUACAUGCAUGACAGUCUUGUUACAAAUACAAAAAAAAAAGGUAUACUGCAUCUUUUAAUUUUGUACUUUUUAUUGAAUUCUUGUGUUAAUUGUUUUCAUUUUUUGAUGCAUGAUUAGAGGGUAAAAUUGUGUAUUAAAGGUUUUACUAUAAGUGCAAUUACUACAUUGAGAGAAGAGCAUGUGUGAUAGACUAGGGUUUAAUUUUCAUUUUCAUAACUCGGACAAAUAAUAUAUAUAUGUAUAUAUUUAAAAUCGACCCCUUGACUUCAGCUGGAGAGCUUGAAUAUUAGUUAGCAAACCUCCAAAUGACAACUGAAUAUGAUGGACACAGAAAUGUAAAAUAAACAAUAAUGAUGAUGACAUGCCAGCUAAGUUGACAGUCCCCAGUUAUAGUGAAAGGGUCUAUGUGAUGCAUGAUAACCUAGUGAUUAAUUUCAUUUUCAUAAUCAUGGAAAAAAACUAGAUAUUGAUUCCUAUCCUGCUUAUUAAGCCUCCCAACUGCUUUCAUAAUAUAUAUAAAUAUCAUUUUUGUGAUUCUGUUGUUGGUAUUGACUUUCAUGAUAGUGCUGACAAGUUUUUGUUGUUGUUUAUAGGUUUGAAGUUGUUUCUGUUUUGAUAUCGUUUUUGUACAAUCUUGGACAAUUGUCCUUUCUCUGUGAUAGAAUCAGUGCACUACUCUCAUGACAAUAUAUUUACUUGUAUCAACAAGGUAUCGAGACAACAUUUAUAUUUAUAUUUCCUUUAAUUUAUACACAUCCGUUAACACUCCAGUCGUGAGUUAAAUGGACAUAUGUUGACAAACUGAAUUAGUGUUUGUGAAUUCUAUUAAAAUCUGAAACUAAA